CAAUAUAUUUAGAUUUAGACUUUAAAAUGAAGUAUUCACAUUAAACAGAUGAUGGCACUGUUUCACUGUCUGAUCCAUGGGAUGGUCAUUAAACCAACAGCAAGAUGAAUGUGUGAUGUGUUCAAGGACCCUUAAAGGAAUUGUUUUUACAGUGAACACCUUCUUGCAUGUUAUUAAUUGAUAUUUUGUAUCGCGCUUUUUGUCCUUUGGGUGUUCAUAUAACCACUUGAAGGCGUGACAUUUGACACGGGCUGGACAACGAAAAUUCAAGCCGCAGUGCCACCGUGACAAAAUGGGCCACACGGGGGCACUGCGGCAAAGCUGUGAUUAGACAGCUGAAUACAAAGAUGAAAGACUGAAUUCCCCUCACAAUUAGAAAUAGUUAAAGGUUAAGGACUGUAAUAAAUACAGAAUUAUAACAUCACAUGAUUGAAUUUAGAAAUAAUACAUGUAUAAAUAUAUAUAUAAAUAUACACAUAACAUACAUGUAUUUAAGAAUAAAAUGAUAAACAGGACGAUCAGUCGCGAAGUAAUAACAAUUAUAAUAAUAAAUAGGAAGUAGCCCAUUCAAUACAACAAAUUAAACAUACGGUUGUUGAAAGGCUAAGUUAAAUUACUUUAAGAAUUCAACAUAUAAACUGUUAAAUAACAUAGAAUCUUUAUUGGAGGGGUAUGGUGUGGAAUUGUUUUUUUUUAUACAUCGCAAACACAGUACAUCACAGCUGCUUCCGUAUAAGGUCAACCUUUUUAUUUAGUCUUUCUUUUUUUGUCCAAAUAUUUAUUCUUUCUUGGCUCAUCCAGAGGAUAAAAAAAAUAUAUAUCCUUACACUUAUUUUAAUAUUCUACCUGUCUUUUGUUCAUGACUACUGUUUCAGUAGUUGUCCCCUCCCCUGCUGAUGAGAAGUCAUCUCAGUUUACAACCCACUGAGUCUUGAACAGCACCUGUCCUUGUUCCUCUGCUCCCCCCCCGCUCCCCCCCCCAAAUAAAACCCUCAUGACCUUUGACUUUACUCUUAACCUUCAGCUGGUUCUACAAUUGGUUUUCACACAGGCACAUUUAACUACUGGCGAUAAUCAAUCAAUCGAUCGAUCAAUCUAUCUAUCUAUCUGUCUAUCAUACAUAUAAAAUUGACAUUCAUUUAUUUGCUGUAACAAUUUUUGAUCUGGUCAUAACAGGCGUAGACAUUUAGUUGCCCUGAAACAAAAUACUGCAAAUUCUAAAAUGUGUUACUACUACACAUUUACAACCACUACUCUCACAGUACAGUAACAGUAUUUAUAUUUUUCCCAUUAAAUAAAACACGGAUUUUUUUUCCAAAUUAUAUGAUGCAGUGCAACAAUAUAUUUAUAAUAGGGUUUGAAUUUGCACUGUUUCCUGAACAAGGGUUGGCGGAAUAAGGAAACACACAGAUCUUUCGUUCUUGUACGACACCUUGAUUACCUGACCUCACCCCAGUCGGUCAACUUUAAAUGGGUGACACUGACGCAGUGUGAGGCAUGGCCGCAUCUCUAAAUGCUCACUGGGCACAACAGGUGUUGUCGAACUCUGGCACGAUCCAGAGCAUCUGAGCCCAUAAAUGCAGUUUUAUUAUCCUGUCUGGAUGCUGUGGCCAUGCUAUGUGCAACACUAAAUGCCACUGCUGGUGGACAGGCAGUAGCAGUGGUACACACACAAACACGAGUCUAUUUUCGUGGGCCAUUCACAUUUGGCGCGAGCUCUAUAAAUCUAAUUUAACUCAAACACAAGGUCCUCCUCACACACACACACUGCAGUUCUGAGGUGAGGUCCAAGGAGCUGUGUGCCUUCUAUAAGGAGCAGGUAUUUAAAAGCAUGAUCUGGAUGUGUUUCUUUGACACAGAUUUCUCUUUUUAAAAAAAAAAAUUUUUUUUUUUUUUUUCCUUUUUUGACCUUUGCAAUGUAAGCAUAAGGACAAAAAGGACAAAUAUCUGUGAAGAUUGUUCAUUUGAUUAACACCGACAGGAAGCUGAGCCUGGUUGCUGUGACAUGCCUGUGGAUUAUCUGGUUGUUCACCUGCUUUGCACGUUUGCAUUUUGCAUGUAUGUUGAGUCAGUGUCUGGCUGUGACACUGAUACAGUGGAUGACUUUAAAAGAAUCUCACACUAUUGAAGAGUUGACAGUGAGAAAUGGGUAAGCCUGCAAUAAAGCCAUUGCGGUGUGUUUUGUGUUUUUUUUUAAGCUUAAGGUUUUAAGGGACACAAUUGUUUUCCAUUUAUUUGUUUCUUCUUCAUUGUGUGUUGUAGGUGAAAGAAACUUCAAUAAAUUUUUAAAAAAAUAAUGUGAGUAAUUUUUUUUUUUUUUUUAGUAAAAUUUCUUUGGAUUGUGUUUCAAUUUUCAAUUUUUGUCCCGUAACCAGAAAAACAUGCACUUUUUAAUUUUUUGCAGUAAAAGGACUUUAAGACAACCAUGGCUGAGGAACCUAGAAAAUCAAAGAUCUCCUCAUCACGGCGCCUGGGGUUGAAGAUCAGACUGCUGGCAGUUGCUGCUCAGAUGCUGCAGGAGGAGAAGGAGCGAAAUGUGAAAGAGAGAGAAGAGGCUCUGGCUGAAAGGAUUUCUCCUCUGAAUCUGUCUGGAUUAUCUGCGCAAGAGCUGGUGGAUUUAUGCAAAGGCCUACACCACAAGAUUGAUCUUGUAGACGAGGAGCGCUACGAUAUUGGACUCAAGGUGUCCAAGAACGACAUGGAGAUUGACAACAUGAAGCUGAAGAUCACCGAGAUGCAGAGCAAGUUUAAGAAACCAAACCUGAAGAGGGUGAAGAUCUCAGCCGAGGCCAUGCUGAGUGUGCUGCUGGGCUCCAAACACAAGGAGUCCUUUGACUUCAAGGCCAACCUGAAAACCGUGAAAAAGGAGGAGGAAAAGAAAGAAGAGGUGACUGACUGGCGUAAAAAUGUGGAGGCCAUGUCUGGCAUGGAGGGCAGGAAGAAGCUUUUUGACGCCUCUGGAAACUGAAGAAACUGUUUUUGUUUUUGUUUUCGUGGGCAUAUAAUGAUUUCAGAGCAUAUUAAAACGUUUUUUGUCUUAUCCUGAGUUCUUCUAAUUCUGUUCCUGGACUUAAAUCACAUUUCAUCGCUUCGUGGUGUAUUUCCGUUGUUGUAAUUACAGGGUGCAGCCUGAAGAUGGCAGUAUAUAACUCUCUCAAGCAUUACAGUUUUCCCAGUAACAGGUGUGACGACUGUAAGGUCAUAUCGUUGUGUUCAGAACACUGUCCUUCAUAGCAAAUUAUAAACAACUUUUUUUGGUUCGCAGUUUACUUAUUGCCAGUUAAACUGAGAGCAUAAUUUAGAUUUACACAUUUUUGUUCACGCUACUUGACAAGAAUAUGUUUAUUCACUUUUCCGGUUGUCUUGAUGUAAAAAAAUAUCAAUAAAAAUGCAAAUCCGUUAAUUCCGUGUUUUACUACAUUAUAUAUACAAUAUUAUAUCUGAGUGGUAUCCCCCUUUUCGUGUACGCAGGAUUGCAUUGAAGCCUACUUCAAAUUACUACCCUCUCUUUUGUAACUAAGUGGAUGAUCCCGGGACCUUUCAUACCUCAGAUGUAUGGGAUGUGAUGGACCCUGAGCAAGAAUGGUGUGGACAGUAGGUCUAUUUUAGUGAGCCACUCACAAGCGUGCUAGAAUCUAUAUAUCUACCCUCUUUCUGUUCCCUGUGGUCAGAGAAAAAAACAAACAGCCUGUGAGUAUUGUCUUUGACUGAUAAGGUAAGAUAAUCUCACUAUCAACA